AUGAACAUAUCAUCUGAAAUCGAAAAAAGAUUUGAUAACGAUGUUUAUCGUUGGUAUGCAGAUACAAUUGUUUAUCGCGGUAUUGGUCCAUUAAUAGCUUGUUUGGGUUUUGUUGGUGGAAUACUUUCUUGUCUUGUUUUUCGUCGAAAACCUUUAAGAAAUAAAUCUUGUUCAAUUUAUUUUUUAUUUUUGGCUUUAGCUGAUCUUUUAUGUAUGAUUUGUUGGAUUGUUCAUUUUGUUUUACCAACUUAUAAUAUUCAACUUCUUACUUUAUCAAAUAUUUUUUGCAAAAUAUUUGUUUUUUCUAUGUAUUUUGCAUUUGAUUUGGCUAAUUAUAUAUUAACUGCAUGUUCAAUUGAUCGUGCUGUAAGUGUAUUAUUUCCAGUUGGAAGUCGUAAAUAUUGUCGUCGUAAAAUGGCAUAUACAAUAACAUUUAUAUUAAUUAUAAUACAUACAUUAUUAAAUAGUCAUUUUUUUUAUGGUUUUCUAGUUAUAUCUGCAAAUUCAACAUUAAAUACAAGUAUUAGAAUAUGUCAUCAUCGUUUUGAUUCUUCAAAUUAUGAAAAAUUAUUUUCAGCAUAUGAUUCAUAUGUUGAUGUUAUUAAAACAAAUGUUAUACCAUUUAUAAUAAUGAGUUUUUGUAAUAUAAUUAUUAUUAUUCGUGUAUGUCGUUCAAAAUCAUCAAUUUAUUUAAAUAAAACAAAAUCAAAUUCAAAUAGAAAUAAAUCAAAAAGAAAAUCUGAAAAAGAUCGACAAUUAACAUUUAUGUUACUUGGAUCAUCAAUUGCUUUUCUUGUAUUAACACUUCCAACUGAAAUAAAUGAUAUUAUUCGAUCAAAUUCAAAUGAUAAAAUAGUUAAUGAAAAAAAUUAUUUAUUAUCAGCUAUUCUUCUUUCACUUGCACAUCUUAAUUAUGCUAUUCAUUUUUACAUCUAUACAUUAACAGGUGAAGUAUUUCGUCAACAAUUAAUUAAAUUAUGGCCUAUUUAUAUUAUUUGGCCAUAUUUUAUUAGACUUAUUCAAUCAAAACAAAAUAAUUCAUCAUCAACAAAUCAAACAAAUAAUUAUCGAAAAAGACAAUUUGAAAAUAAUUUAAAUACAUUAUUAGAUGUAUCAUAG